CUAUAAAAGGCUGCGGUCUGGCCUCUGCAGAAGUGACCCGGCCCUGCUGCUCUGCUGGGAAGGUUCUGGGCUCCGCUGUGGCCAUGUCUUUCCGGUUCUCCAGUGGCUCCAGGCGGAUCUGCUCACAAGCUGGGUCUGCCCGGCUGUCCAAAGGGGGCUCCAGCUUCGGGAGUGGGAGCACGAGUGUUGCCCCAGGAACAGAAAGCAGCUUUGCUUGCGCACUUGGGGGUAUUUCCUCUGGAGGAAACUCCUGCCAAGGUGGUGGAGGGUCUGGCAGCAGUAUCUGCACUGGUUUCCUUGGAAACGAGCAGGGUCUCCUGUCCGGCAAUGAGAAGGUGACCAUGCAGAACCUCAACGACCGCCUGGCCUCCUACCUGGCCCACGUGCGCACCCUGGAGGCAGCCAACGCCGAGCUGGAGGGGAAGAUCGAGGGCUGGUACGACAGGUACGGGCCGGAACGUUUCCCAGGGCUCGGUCAGGACUACAGCAGAUACUUCUCAGCCAUUGAGGAUCUGAAAAAUCAGAUUAUCUCUGUGACGGCCUGUAACGCCAGCAUUAUUCUCCAAAACGACAACGCCAGGCUGACUGCUGACGACUUCAAGCUGAAGUACGAAAAUGAGCUCAGUUUGCACCAGAUCAUGGAGGCCGACACCAACAAUCUUCGGAGAGUGCUGGAGGAGCUGACCCUCUGUGCCACCGACCUGGAGAUACAGCAUGAGAACCUCACGGAGGAGCUGACCUACCUUCAGAAGAACCACGAGGAGGAAACCAGAGCCCUCCAACGCGCCUCAGGAGGGAACGUGAAUGUGGAGAUGAACGCGGCCCCCGGCGUGGACCUCACGGUGCUGCUGAACAACAUGCGGGCCGAGUACGAGGACCUGGCUGAGCAGAACCGCAAAGAUGCUGAGGCCUGCUUUCGUGAGAAGAGUGCGUCUCUGCAAAAACAGAUUUCGGAUGACGCAGGUGCAGCCACGGCAGCCAGAAAUCAGCUGAUGGAACAGAAACGCAGUCUGCAAACCCUGGAAAUAGAACUCCAGUCCCUCCUGGCUAUGAAACAGUCCUAUGAACACACGUUGGCUGAGACCGAGGGAAAUUACUGCGUUCAACUCCAGCAAAUCCAGGAUCAGAUCGGGACGAUGGAGGAGCAAUUGCAACAGAUCCGAACGGAAACAGAAGGCCAGAAGCUGGAGUACGAACAGCUGCUUGAUAUCAAAAUGAUUUUGGAAAAAGAAAUUGAAACAUAUUGCAACUUACUAGAUGGAGAAGAGGGUACGAGCAAAGCGCCGUGUUACAAGUCAAAAGGAGCCAGGCCUGUGAAUUCCGGAAAUCAAGUCAAAGACCUAACAGAAGAGACAUUUGUCAAAACGAUGGUGGAAGAACUAGACCAGCUUGGCAAUGUCCUCUCCCUGAGAGUCCACUCGGUUGAGGAAAAAUCCUCUAAGAUAAGCAACAUCACAAUGGAGCAGCGAGUGCCUGCGAAAGCUCCCUGAUGAGGGAAGAGUCGUUUUACAAACAAAAACCCUCUCUGCCAAGCCCCGUGGGUCAAAUCACCCUAAAAGUUAUCCCUUAGAUUUAUCUUAAGAUCUGUGUUCUUCCUCUUCCUUUCCCCUGGUUUUUUUCCCAUGUAAUUCUUUUCACAAGAAGGAAAAAUCUUGCUCUAUCUCUAGUUUUGUCUUAUUUUCUGGGGUCUUUUGCCACCUCAUUACAAUUCUCCUGUUGCAAGGGAAAUGCUUCUGUCUAUAAAUAUGCAUCUUUUUUAAUUUCCACAGUUGAGCUUAAUGUAGACAAUCUGAAGCACCUGCUAAUAAAAUAAUAUCCGU